AUGACAUGUUUACCGGUUGAAUGUAUUAGAGAAAUUUUAGAGUAUCUUUAUGAUGAUACAAUUUCUCUGCAUUCCUGUCUUUUGGUGAAUCGAAGCUGGUGUGAAAUCACUAUUCCAAUACUUUGGAGAAAUCCAUUUGGAAGGGAUUUGACGGCCAAACGUUAUAUACUGCUGAUAAAUACUUAUAUGUCUCGCCUCUCAAUGGAAGAACGAGGUUCCAUUGAUUCAACAAUUGAAAAAUCAACUUUCGAUUAUUCCACGUUCUUACGAGUUUUCGAUUGUGAAAAAAUCUUAUUGGCAUUUCGUUGUUGGGCAAUUCCUUUUUCCUCCUUUAGUUUGUUCAAGCCUUUAAUUCAGCAUUUCAUUUAUAAUUCUCCAAAAUUUGAUCGAGUGGAUUUUAAAAAGAAUAUGCUGUUUAAUGAUAAUAUUUUCUUAUUUCCUGGGGCAAGACAAAGUUUUGCAAAACUACGUAGCUGUAAUUUCUUUGGAGAAUAUACAAAAGGCCUAAUUGAUUCUUGCGCAGGAAUGGCGAAUGAUAUUCGUUAUAUAACUUUUCGUUGUCUCGAACCUCAACAUUCUAACGGUGAUGAUUUGGUAACAUCGGACUCUUCGAUGGAUGGAUUGGCUCACUUGAUAAGGUCUCAAAAGCAUUUAAAGAAAAUUAUCUUAUCAGACGGAAGAUUAAACACGAUAUUCAAGAAUGAAGUUUUUGAUUCUUUAACGACUCAAUCAAAUACUUUAACCGUGAUCAAAUUCUUGUCGAUUAAUUUUCAUGAGAGAUUUCCUUUGGAUCAAUUAUUAACUUGUAAAAAUUUAAAAGUUUUAAAAAUUGUUAAUUGUAGGAAUUAUGGGAAUGAAGUUAUAAUCACGGGAAAGACACAUCAAUUUCGUCAAUUAAAGGCCAUUACUUUUAGUUCAAGCAGACUUCCUUUUGAACUUUACAGAAAAUUAAUCUCUUUGGCAGGCGAUUCUUUACAAACGGUUAUUUUGAUGGGAAAGGUGUUUAUGGAUACGCCUCCUUUACCAAAUCCUUUUACAAAUAAUAAUAACACAUCAGCAAGGUUUAACUCCAUCUCAACUUCAUCCUCUUCUUUCAUCCUGGAGCCAUUCGUUGAAUUCUGCCCGAAUAUAAAGCAGAUUUUGGCAUGUGUAAAUGAAAGUCAAUUAGCUUAUUUACCAUCCUUAUUGCGUUCAUGUAGAAACUUGAAACGGUUAAGUUUAUAUGAUUCAAAAUAUCAAUCACGAUCUUUUCACACAUCAGUGAAGGAUAUGCAAUCUAUCAAUGUUGAAGAUUUAUUAGCGAGGGUUGGACAAUCGAUACCUUCAUCAUUAAUUAAAUUCAAUAUUAAUAUGAAUUGGAACUUUAGCGCUGAAGUUUUUGGAUUAUUUUUACAAAAUAUUAAUAAGACCUUGAGUUCGACAGUACCUUUAUCAGAUGGUACGAGGAAAGGUAUGAUGGUGACGAGAUCGAUUCAAUUGCAAAGGUUAUCGUUACAAUUUUGUACUUGUAUAACUGAUGAACAUUUAGAAAUGUUUUAUAAGUAUCCCGUUAAAAGUUUAAACACAUUGAAGAUUAGGGGUGCCGAAGGCGUCAGUGAAGAUGGGUUUAGGAAAUUUGCAGAUUUCUUUGGAGAUUGUGUUAGUGUGCCUCAGAAAUUCAGGAAGUAA